ACACACACACACGCUCGAGCACGUAUGUUCGCUCACAUAUACGCACAUUUUUUCUUGCUUUGCUUAUAAAAGGCCAUACAAUUUCCCAUUUAUGUUCAUUCAAUGCAAUAGUAGUGUAAGAGAAAUUAGAGAGUAAGAUGGGAGACCAAACUUCAUGGAGGAUGAUGAGUUUAGCUUUCAAUAAGAUGAAACCCUACUUGGCUAUGAUAUCUUUGCAAUUCGGCUAUGCCGGAAUGUACAUUAUUACCAUGGUGUCUUUGAAGCAAGGGUUUAGUCAUUGGAUUCUUGUUGUUUAUCGUUAUGCUGUGGCCACACUAAUUUUCGCUCCCUUCGCAUUUUUUCUUGAGAGGAAAUUAAGGCCAAAGAUGACACUAUCAGUGUUUUUAAAGAUAAUGCUGCCAGCUUUUCUUGAGUAAUUC